UCGAAACCGAAAGUAGAGUCUCAAUACUAACCGAGUGUAAAUUCACAUUUCCUAGAGUUACAAACGGGCAUAAAAACCACAUCACGACCUCAGAUCAGUUCUUCAUCAUGGAGAUCAGUGAGAGAUCUUCAUCUCCAGAUCACAGCUGUGUGUCUCUGAAGAGUGACAGAUCCAUGUAUGAGCCUCCUGACCUCAGUGCUGAACCAGUGACCUCUGACCCCAGUGCUGAACCAGUGACCUCUGACCUCAGUGCUGAACCAGUGACCUCUGACCUCAGUGCUGAACCAGUGACCUCUGACCCCAGUGCUGAACCAGUGACCUCUGACCCCAGUGCUGAACCAGUGACCUCUGACCCCAGGUGA